UGGCCCAAAUCCAGCCCCAUGCUCCGACUCGCCCUGUCCGAAUUCUUCGGCACCAUGAUCAUGAUCAUGUUCGGCAACGGCGUGGUCGCCCAAGUCCUCCUUAGCCAGAACCAGAAAGGAUCCUACCAAUCCAUCUCCUGGGGAUGGGGCCUCGGCGUCAUGCUAGCCAUAUACGUCAGCACGCCCUCCGGCUCGCACCUCAACCCCGCCAUAACCUGGACCCUCUGUCUCCUGCGACGCUUCCCCUGGCCCAAACUCCCAGUAUACGCCCUCUCACAACUCCUCGGUGCCAUGACAGGCUCCGCAAUCGUCUACGCCAACUACCGCUCCGCAAUCGAUACCUUCGAAGGCAGCUCCUCCCUCCGCACCGUCCCCGACACCACCACCACCACCACCACAACUUCCAGCACAAACCACCCCUCCCCCCCACCAAGUGGUUUCACAGCAACAGCAACAGCAACAGCCGGCAUCUUCAGCACCUACCCAGCCCCCUUCCUCACCCGCACCGGCCAAUUCUUCUCUGAAUUCCUCGCCAGCGCCAUCCUCAUGUUCAUGAUCUUCGCGCUCAAGGAUGAGCGGAACCUCGCCAUGUUCUUCGUCGUCUUUGGCAUCGGCGCCUGCUUCGGCUGGGAAACCGGAUACGCCAUGAACCUGGCAAGAGAUUUCGGGCCCCGACUGGUCGCGUAUAUGAUCGGCUAUGGGAGGGGGGUUUGGGUUGCCGGAGGGUAUUAUUUUUGGAUCCCCAUCAUUGCCCCGUUUUUCGGCUGUACGGUGGGUGGAUGGCUCUACGACGCAUUCAUCUAUACGGGGUCGGAUAGCGUGGUCAACAAUGGCCCGUAUUUCGGGUUG